AUGGCAGACGUGGGGGGAAAACUCAGAACCCCGUUCGACUUCGAGCUCUUCAAGCAAAACCACUUUUCGAGGGCCCUGACGGUGUUGGAUGUUUUAUCUUCCAAGCCCCACGCAGGUGCUGAGAGCACAGCCUUGGCCGGGCGCUUGCAAAAGGAGAAGCAAAAAUCGCUGGCCACGUUCGAGCAGGCCUUGGCUGCGAUCAAGAAGCAAAUGGCAAGCCAACACUUGGAAACUCUGAGGCCAACGUGCCAGGUACUGCAGGCACAUGACAAUGGGGCGAUGGGCUACAGCGCCCAGCAGCGGACUCUCACAGCGCAUGUUGCUGACUGUCCCCAACGUUCUUUUUGUCGACAGGCCUUGGGUGGUUGA